GCUGCCGCGGCGGCUGCUGUGGGCGGCGGCGCGGGCGGUGCUGUGGCUCGGCCCCGCGUACCUGGCCGGGUACCUGGGGCUGAGCGGCUGCUGGGUGCUGCUGGCGCUGCUGCUGUGGCUGUGCUGGGGCCGCAACCGGCGGGGGAAGCGCUCCCGGCUGGCGGCCGCCUUCGCGCUGCUGGAGGACGAGCGGGAGGCGGUGUGCCGCGGCCUGGCCGCCCGGCACCUGCCCGCCUGGGUUCAUUUCCCUGAUGUUGAGCGAGCGGAGUGGCUGAACAAGGUCCUUGUACAGGCUUGGCCAUACUUUGGGACAAUUAUGGAAAAAACAUUUAAAGAAGUUCUUGAACCAAAAAUCAGAGCAAAGAACGUGCAUCUGAAAACAUGCACCUUUACCAAGAUCCACUUUGGCGAGAAGUGCCCUAGAAUCAAUGGAAUAAAAGCCUACACCAAAGAAAUUGAUAGAAGACAAAUUACCCUGGACCUGCAGAUAUGUUACAUAGGGGACUGUGAGAUUCACAUGGACAUAUCGAAAUUUAAGCUUGGAGUGAAAGGCGUACAGUUGUAUGGGACAUUGCGGGUGAUACUGGAGCCUCUUCUAACUGAUGCACCUUUUAUUGGAGCGGUGACAUUGUUUUUUAUGCAGAGACCGCACUUGGAAAUCAACUGGACCGGCAUGAGCAACCUCCUGGAUGUCCCAGGGAUUAAUGUAAUGUCGGACUCGCUAAUUCAGGACUUCAUUGCUUCACGGCUGGUUCUACCAAACAGAAUCACGGUGCCUCUGAAGAAGAGCAUGAACAUUGCCCACCUGAGGUUCCCUGUCCCAUAUGGAGUAGUAAGAGUUCAUCUGUUAGAAGCUGAAAACCUUGUCCAGAAAGACAAUUUCCUUGGUGCCAUCAGGGGGAAGUCUGACCCAUACGCUCUCCUUCGAGUUGGCACGGUGCAGUAUCGAAGCAAGACAGUCUCCCGAGACCUUAACCCCAUUUGGAAUGAGACGUUUGAGUUUGUUGUUCAUGAAAUACCUGGUCAGGACUUAGAAGUGAACUUGUAUGAUGAAGAUCCAGACAAAGAUGACUUUAUGGGCAGCUUGUUUAUAAGCCUGGUGGAUGUAAUGAAUGACAGAACUGUGGAUGAGUGGUUUCCCUUAAGUAAGACAACAAGUGGACACUUGCAUUUAAAGCUGGAGUGGUUUUCGUUAGUAAAUGACCAAGAAAAGCUACAUGAGGAUAAGAAGGGUCUGUCUACAGCGAUUCUGAUAGUCUACUUGGACAACGCUUUCAACCUUCCAAAAAACCACUUUGAGUACUCAAAUGGUGAAUAUGGAGCAAAGAAGUUCAAAAAUAACAAGUACCUGAAGAAGAUGGAACGAGAGCCUUCCUCCUUUGUCCUGCUCACUGUAGGGAACAAGACUCAGAAAAGCAAGACCUGCAAUUUCAACAAAGAUCCCACGUGGGGCCAGGCUUUCACCUUCUUUGUCCACAGUGCUCACUCCCAGUCACUGCACGUUGAGGUAAAAGACAAGGAUCGAGAUAGCGUCCUGGGAACUUCAGUGGUGUCUCUCUCCCAUUUGCUUAAGGACCCAGACAUGACUCUGGAUCAGAGAUUUCAGCUGGAUCAUUCCAGUUCAGACAGCUUCGUUAAGAUGAAACUUGUGUUGCGGGCCUUGCGUGUUGAAGAACCCGAUCCACAAAGAGUGAAGGCAGGUGUCGCUGCCUCGAAGCAAGGUCCCGUACGUGUCACGGAGAAGGGUGGGAACCAGCACAAGUAUGUCCCCCCGCCGAAGCCAGAAGUCUCAAAAGUACCUCCUGUGAGCAAAGACUCUGCAGCACUUGAAUCUGUGCCGCAAAAGGACAGCAGUGAAGACGUGGACACAAAUGACAGUUCAGCAGAGCCUGUAGCAAGUGAAACUGUUGCUGGCCUUAAUGAGACGGAGAGUGAGCAAAAUCCAGAGCAUCGACCGUCGGCAGCAUUGCAAACCAGAGCAGCAGUAGUGCCCACACUGCCGGUCAUACAGGAAUUAAGGCUUGCGCCCAGCGUUGCUUCGCUGGGUUCUCUGCCUUCUUCUUGCUUUGACUUAAGUAGCAGCAAUCUGGACCUUCAUAAUGGGACCGCAAUGCCUCUGGGAGAGAUUCAGCUCACAGUGCGGUAUGCUUCUAUACGGCAGAGUCUCAUUGUGCUGGUCAAUGGCUGCAGAAACUUAGUACCCUCUUCUAAUCGUGGGGUAGAUCCGUACGUUCGUAUAUACCUGCUUCCAGAUAGAAGAUGGACAAGCAGAAAGAAGACUUCAGUUAAGAAAAAAACUCUGAACCCCCAGUAUGAUGAAAAGUUUGAAUUUUUUGAAUCUUUGGAAGAUGUUAAGAAAAGGACGUUAGACAUUGCAGUGAAAAACAGCAGGCCAUUCAUUUCACAGGAAAGAAGGGAACUGGGGAAAGUGCGGAUUGACUUGUCACAGGAAGACUUAAUCAAAGGUUUUGCACAAUGGUAUGAGCUGACAAGAAGUAGAUGCAAGAAAAGCUGACUUCUUCUCAUGUGCAUGUUAGUAAUUUGUAAACUUUAUACAAAUGUACAUAUCUUUUGUAAUGAAUGCAUUUUGAGCAGUCACUGCAAACUUGGAGCAGUCUCCUGUUCAGAACAUGUAUAUUUAAAAGAUGCUACUCAGUGAUUAGUUAUUUAAGUAAGCAAGUCUAAACAGCAAUAGUCACUUACGUUUGCUGUUUCUGGCAUAUUUUCCCCAAAGAACCCUUAAGUGUGAAAACCCUCUUAAGCAAGUCUUGCACCUGAAGUUAUUUUAGAUUCAGUCAGCGACAUGUCAUUGCUCUGCUUGGGCAGUUUUACGUUCCCAGAAUUUUAUGUUGUUUUAACAACAUUUGAAAGCACGGUACCUGUGAAAUAAUAGAUGUUUAAACAACAUCCUUCACCUAUGAGGCUUCAGAAGUGUUCGAAGAAACUGUUUAAGACUGUUCAAUGGCAGUUGGUUUUGAGAAACUAAGAAAUUAAUAUUCCACUGCGAGUAUCAUUGAUUGUGGCUGCAGGUAUGUAUAUAAUGAGCUUCUAAAAAAGCAGGGAGAUUAGUUUACCAAGAUGUCAUUAAGGUUUAGUUUGUGAUGCCUUAACGUGUUUUGUUCUUUGUUACAGUACAUUUCAAAACUGAUAGUAAAGCAUUCUGCCUGAGGAAGAGCAGAGUUUUGUAAACUAAGCUUAAUAAUGUUGGAGUGAAAUACACCAAAGUAUUUUCAGAAGCUCUGUGUACCUGUUUCUAUACAAUAAACUUUUAAAUGUCUUGCUUAAGAAA